CACAUAAAAAAUUGUUAUCCCACGAACAGCUUGCAUCUAUUCGUUUGUUUUCAUGAUCCCCUCAUUCUAUCACUUGGCACGAAAGCCAUUAUCCUCGUCAAUCGCGGUCAAAGCUCUUAUUCCGAGAUUGCAAGCGAGUCAAUUCUCCACCACGCAUAAUGUCAGAAAGGAAUUCGUGAAACCUGACAGCGGCGUAUCCACUGGACCGUUGCAGGGAAUAAGAGUCCUGGAUUUGACUCGAGUUUUAGCUGGUCCAUAUUGUACAAUGCUUCUAGGUGACCUUGGUGCAGACGUCAUCAAGGUUGAAAACCCCAAGAGUGGAGACGAUACUAGGGCAUGGGGCCCUCCAUGGGCUGCUAACGAAGACCCCUCAGAUACGCACAAUCCUGAAUCGGCUUACUUCCUUUGCGUCAACCGAAACAAGAAGUCUGUUACUGUGAAUCUGAAAGCUGAGAGUGGAAAGCAGAUCAUCCAUGACCUCGUUAAGCACUGUGAUGUCCUGGUUGAGAACUAUUUACCAGGGAAGUUGGAGAAGAUGGGGUUGGGAUAUGAGGAAUUGAAGAAGAUCAAUCCAAAGCUCAUUUAUGCUUCUAUCACUGGUUACGGGCAGGACGGUCCUUAUGCCAACAGACCAGGAUAUGAUGUGAUGAUUGAGGCUGAAGCCGGCCUAAUGCAUAUCACAGGCGAAAGGGAUGGAAGACCCGUAAAAGUAGGCGUUGCCAUCACAGGAUUAUACGCGCAUGGCGCCAUUAUGGCGUCAAUCAUUCGAAGAGCAACAACAGGAUUAGGCCAGCAUAUCGAUUGCUCCUUACUGGAUUGCCAAGUAGCCUCGCUUGCCAAUAUCGCGUCAAAUUAUCUUGUGGGUAACCAGGAGGCUCAGCGAAUGGGAACGUCGCAUCCGUCCAUUGUUCCAUACCAAGUCAUGCCCACCAGAAACUCCUUUGUCAUGAUAGGGGCUGGUAAUGAUGGCCAAUUUGCCAAACUUUGCAAAGCCAUUAACCGAGAGGAAUUAUUGGCAGAUACAAGAUUCAGAACGAAUGGUGAAAGAGUCAAGCAUCGCGUGGAACUCAUUCAACUCUUGGAAGAUAGGCUUACUCAGGAAGAUACGGAGCACUGGCUUGAACAGCUUAAUGGCUCAGGAAUACCCUUCGCCCCCAUCAAUAAUAUUGAGCAAACCUUCCACCAUCCACAAGUUCUUGCUAGAGAUAUGGUCCAAGAAGUUGAGCAUCCUAGAGCAGGCAAGAUCAAAGUAGUUGGCAUACCUGUCAAAUAUAGCGAAUCCAAACCUACAAUUCGCCUACCUCCUCCAGUUCUGGGUCAACACACCACAGAAAUUUUGGAGACAGUUUUAGGCUACAAGCAAACAAAAAUUUCUGAACUUAGAGCCGAAGGAGUGGUAGGUAAAUGAUGAUUUUACUGGCUCCUGGUAGAGGGUUGAACACUCCAUGUUGUCUCUCUUUGGAAAUAUUGAAUAAUAUAGAUUUCCUUUACCGCUGCAUCCAAUGUACAUUAACAAGUGAAUAUUCUGAAUAUAUUGGAGAUAUGACAAAGUG